AUGGAUAAAACCGUAUACCUUGUUGUUGGCGCCUCAAGAGGCCUUGGUUACGAAAUUGCUAACCAAUUGAGCUCAAAGAACUCAAACUAUGUCAUCACCACUUACAGAUCAGUGGAGAACUCGGGCCAAUUGCUCAGUCUCGCCGAAAAACCAAAUGUUGAAGCUAUCCAGCUCGACAUUGCAGCACAAUACUCAAUUGAUAAUCUACCGCACGAGAUAAGAAAGUUCACGGAUGCAAUUGAUAUUGCCAUAAUCAGUGCUGGAAUAGCAGAGUCGUUCGGUAGCGUCUUAGAAUGCAGCAGAGAUAUUUGGCUUGAGCAUUACACCACUAAUGCGCUAGGUCCAAUCUUGGUCUAUCAAAAGAUUCAUCCCUUCAUGCUGACAAAGUUUACCAGAAAAGUAUUCUUCAUUUCAUGUGCUGCAGGUUCCGCUCAAACGUUGCUGUCUAUUCCUUUCGGUGCUUAUGGACAAUCUAAGGCAGCUUUGAACUACUCCGUUAAAAAGCUAAGCGAGGAGCAGCACAGCAAUCACUUUACCAUUGUGGCGAUCCAUCCGGGAACUAUUUUGACAGAAAAUGUCAAAGAAAAACUCAAGUUUGGAGACAUUGAUGUCAAAAAUAAGAUACAAUUCAAGACUGUAUUGCCUGCUUUAGCUGCAGAACAAGUUCUUGUCGCAGUCGAUAUUUUGGGUGAACAAAGCAACGGCAGGUUCGUGAAGGCUGAUGAUUUGCUUGACAUUCCAUUUUAA